AUGGCACCUAGUGAAGGUCUGGACAGUCCACCGGAGGCACUUCCUCCCAUCCUUGCCCUCGGCUGCUGCCUGGUCCUGGGGGAAGGGGGCCUGGACCCUCUCAGCACGGCCUGGGCCUCCUUCACCCCCAGGUUCCUGGAGUUUGAGGCGGAGGAGGAGAUGCAGAUUCAGAAAUCACAACUGAUGAAGGAGCCCCAGUGCCUGCCUCCUCCAGCCCCACCAAGGCUUGAACCUCGAGGACUUCCAGCCCCUGAGGUGGACAAGCAGCCAGUGUACCUUCCCAGCAAGGCCGGCCCCAAGGCCCCGACUGCCUGCCUGCCACCACCCAGGCCCCAGAGGCCAGCGGAGACCAAGGCCCGCCUGCCACCACGUAGGCCCCACCGGCGAGCAGACACCAAGGCCCGCCUGCCACCACCCAGGCCCCAGAGGCCAGCGGAGACCAAGGUCCCUGAGGAGAUUCCCCCAGAAGUGGUGCAGGAGUAUGUGGACAUCAUGGAGGAGCUGCUGGGGCCUCCCCUCCAGGCCACAGGGGAGGCAGAGAAACAACGGGAAGAGGGCGAAGUGAAGCAGCCACAGGAAGAGGACUGGACACCCCCAGACCCGGGCCUCCUGAGCUACAUUGACAAGCUGUGUUCCCAGAAAGACUUCGUCACCAAGGUGGAGGCCGUCAUUCACCCCCGAUUCCUGGAAGAAUUGCUUUCCCCAGAUCCACAGAUGGAUUUCUUGGCCCUCAGCCAGGAGCUGGAGCAGGAGGAAGGACUCACCCUUGCCCAGCUAGUGGAGAAGCGCCUUCUACACUUGAAGGAGAAAGAGCAUGCGCGGGCAACCCCUAGUCAUGGCAUGGCCCGGUUGGACUCAAGUUCUUCUAAGUUUGCAGCUGGCCAAGGAGCAGAGAGAGACGUCCUUGACCCCCAACAAGGGGUUGGCAUGGAAACCUGCCCACCCCAGACGGCUGCCCGGGACCCUCAGGGACGAGGCAGAGUCCGCACUGGCAUGGCCAGGUCCAAAGACUCUGCUGUGCUUUUAGGAUGUCAGGAUACCCCUGGGCUGAGAGCUGCCCGGCCAACCUCUCCUCCCCAGGACCACAGGCCCACGUGCCCCGGCCUGGGGACCAAGGACACCUUGGAUCUCCCUGGAGGAUCUCCUGUCAGGGAGUCACUUGGGCUGGCUCAGGGGUCAAGUGAGGAGGAGGAGCUCCCAAGCCUGGCCUUCCUCAUGGGUUCCCAGCACAAGCUGCUGCCCUGGUGGCUACCCCAGAGCCCUGUCCCUGCCUCGGGCCUUCUCAGCCCAGAAAAGUGGGGACCCCAGGGAGCUCUUCAGUCCCAAUCUGCUCAGAGAAGAGGCCUCAGCCUAGCCACGAAGUCCAAGAAGCGACCUCUCUUCAGAAGCCCAUCCCCUGCUAAAAAGACAUCCCACCCAGGGCCUGGGCUCAGGGUCUCUGGGGAGCAAUCCCUGGCUUGGGGGCUGGGUGGCCCCUCACAGUCUCAAAAGAGAAAGGGUGACCCCUUGGUCUCCAGGAAGAAGAAGAAGCAGCAUUGUAGCCAAUAG